GGAGGAAGGGAGAUGGGUGAAAGAUGUGAAUGGGUACUGUGACCGAGCCAGGCUCAGUGAGCUCUUCAGGUGCUGCUGCUGGACGGAGGGAGGGCAUAUACACACAUACACAGGAUGAGAGGAGACGAUCCGCUCGCUGGCAUGAGGAACCCGAAACGGUUCAGUGACAGAGCUGCUGCCUGCGAUUUUUUUCUGCUUGGGGCUGCAGACUUUCGCGAUCCCAAUGAUCACAUCCUCUCUCAGGAAGACUUUGACGAGAUAACCGACUUCAACGACCUCCCAACCUCACUUUUUGCCUGCAACGUACAUCAGUCUGUUUUUGAAGAAGAACAAGGAAGGGAGAAAUUUGAGGCGUUAUUCUUGGCCUAUGAUGACCAUGCCACAUUCCAACUGUUUAAAAGUUUCAGACGUGUACGAAUUAACUUCAGCAAUCCUAAAGUAGCAGCUCGUGCCAGAAUAGAGCUCCACGAAACAAAGUUCAACGGGAAAAAGCUAAAACUCUACUUUGCACAGGUUCAAAAUCAAGGUCCAGAUGGAGACAAUUUGCACCUUGCCCCUCCACAGCCAGCAAAACAAUUCCUCAUCUCCCCUCCAGCGUCACCACCUGUGGGUUGGCAACAAAUCGAUGAUGCUACACCAAUCAUCAACUAUGAUCUCCUCUAUGCAGUGGCAAAACUGGGACCUGGUGAAAAGUAUGAAUUACAUGCAGGAACUGAAUCGACUCCCAGUGUGGUCGUCCAUGUCUGUGAUAGUGAAACAGAGGAUGAGGAUGAACCGAAGAAUUCUCCAAAACCAAAAAUAAUUCAAACCAGGCGUCCUGAUCUGCCACCAGCAAUGUCUAAUUGAAAAAUUGGUGCACACUUUCAGUCAAGCAUCAUCCAGUGCUCUCUGCUACAGCCGUACUUUGUUGAAAGGAAGAUUUGUCUGUCAGUCACAGGAGCAUUUGUUUUAAGCCCCAUGUUAUGUUUCUAAUGCCUACCAAAAUAGGAUGGAAGGGGUUACUAUGCGUAUGCCUAUUUGCUACAUACAAACUAGUAGUUAUGAUCAUAUCAUAAAGUAUUCAUUUAUGUUCGAAUGACAUUAGUAAAUCCAGGAGUAAUUGCAAAGCUUGGCAUUAUAAUUCCAUGGUAAAUUACAUCUCACUAUUCAGCACCUAGUGUUCUAAACGAUUUGGUAUAAAUGCUUGAUCCAAUUUUAGAUUAGGCUUACAGUCUUGAGGCACAUUGUGAUUACAUCUACUAUAUUCUCUGACUCUGCCAAAAAUUGAAAUGGUCAAUGAAUAGUCUGAGUUUUACUUUCUUGGCAUUGAACUGCCAAUUACCUCCUUGGUGAAAAUCCUGUGAGACUAUUGUAAAAAACGUAUAGGCACCACUAGGGGAAAGACUAACUUUCAUUUAUCGAUGUGCAGUACAUAAUGUCAGCAUCUUCCACGUAAUCUUGUGAAAUGGUGUAACCGUACUUUGUAUUUUAUCACUGUUUUAGUAUUGAUACAAUGUACUGAUUGAGUUAUAUACAGUAUACUUAUUAAAAAAGGAAUGAUAAAAUGAGUUUAAAGGCAGAUAGACAAACAGGUAUUAUCACAGUUAUGAGGAAUCCAGUCUGCACUUAUCUGAUAAGGAUGAGUGUCAAUAGAUCAUAUUAUGGUAUCACCUGCUGCACUGAAGACUCAUAUUGUGCUGCUACAAUACAGAUUUAUGCUCUAAUCUGUGCAAGAUGACCUGACUUCCCAUACAAUGGCACACAUUCUUUUAAAAGAAAUUUCCAUAAGUAUAGGAUUCUUUUUUUUUAAUCUUUUGACGUUUUCUUUACCUAUGCUACUUAACAUUAGCAAGGUCCAGCUGAGCAUAACAUUCAGAGUUGUCUAAAGAACUAUUUGGAAAAAUAUGGUCUAUAAGUUACUUCAGCUUGAAAUGAUAACAUGUUCAUUUCAUGUCUUUGGGACAUAGAUUCUUGAGACACAAUUGAGUAAAUGUGUAAGCCAGACUCAAAUCUGCCUAUCAACGUUUUAAACAAAAUAAAUUAGCCGCCUUCUUGAUUCUACUCUACUUUGCAAAAUUAAGAAGAUAAUUAUCAAAAUUUAGAUAAACUGGGUUAGGAACCAAUAUAACAAUCUAAAUUUUUUGUUUUGAACUAUAUUUUCAGUUUUCACAUAAUUAAAUAUAUUUUAGUGGCUAGCAACCUCAAUACUAUAAGUAUUUGUUUUUAUCUGAAUAAACACCUACUUUGCUUUGCUCAGUUAAUCAUAUCUAUCAACGAUAAUGAAUACUAUAUAAUGACCAUUGUGUUUAAUGUAUAAGUCAGUGCUUCUGUAGUCACAAGAAACAGUGUUCCUGUUGGAUUUCUGCUCAGUUUUUCAAUUCAGCUAUAACGCUUCCAUCAGUUUUCCUUUUUAAAAUUACUGAAGAAAAAUGCUUAUGCUGAAAUAUAUUGAGAUUGAGUUGUGUACAAAAUUGUCACAAAUGAAAAUGGUGUUAUAAGGAUACAAACAAAAACUGAAUGAACUCACUGUAGAGAUGUAAUAAUUCUAAGUGGAGAAACAUUUCAAGCUAAAACAGUCAAACUUCAUUACAACAAAACAACAAUAUAUAAAUCUGUAUGUUCUAAUCCCACGAAACUCGAAAAAAGUGAAGCAAUAUUGACUUGCAAUGACAAUAUUGAUUUCCCAUUCAGAUGAUCUGCAAAUUGUCAUUUGAACUCAAUUAUGCUCAACUUUGAGAUUUUUAUGAUCUUCUCUAAACUCCAAAUCACCAGGGCUGGAGGCAUUUUCUACCAAAGAAAUUUGUUUUUGUUAUCCUUUAUGUUGUUCCAUGCACCAUGGUUUUAUCUGAGGUCAAAAAUGCUUAAGAACACUAUCCUCAAAUGCAGCUGUGCAAAACCAGAGGGUAAGUUAGCUAGAAAUGAGAUUUGACUGCUUUUCCAGGUACCUACAGCUUGUGUGUAUAGUUAGAAUGUAACAUUGAGUAGUACUAGUAUUGGACAUUGUCUGUGUUAUUACUUGUCUUUGCCACUGAAUGGGUGCUAGUAAUAAUACUUUAUGAAUUAAUUGCCUUAUAUAUGUACGUCUGGUAUAUACCUGUUGUUAUUUGGUUUGUGCAUGAACUGUGUCCUAUUGUUCAAAUUGUGGUCCUUGUGACAGAAUUGUACCUGUGCCUUCUCUAAGAUUUUGCAAAAGGCACACAUUCACAACACAGCUUAUCUUUAAAAAAUCCCUUUACUCAAAUAUAACCUGUUCUUUAGACAUGAGUUGAAAGCUUUUGUGAUGAAAUAGUUAUGAUUAUUGGUCAUAUAAUGCAAUGUUUUCAUUAAAUCUGUUUUUAAAAAUAUUAUUUUUAUUUCUGUAACAUAAAACAUUAUCCUUCAAAAGGCCUAUUGCUUGUUAGUUUGUGUACCAACUAAUUUGUGUUAUACCAGUUAUCAUACAGCACCUUUAUUAGGUAAUUGCAUUUUAGGGAGUACUUGUGCAGAUGCCCCCAUGAUUGUCAGAACAGACUUUUUGAAGACUCUAAGGUGAUUGUAACCUUUCAAGAGUGUUGAAAUGAAAAGCAAGUUUUCAAACACCAUGUAAAUAAAAAAAGUUAUUCGUAUUU